CUGGGCAACCCAAAAUCUUAAGUGCCCGCCGUUUGGUCAAUCCAGGUAACGCUUCCGGUACAAUAUAUCCCAUAAUUCCCGUUGCCACAGCCGCCAUCUUGAAUAUUGUGAUAAACUGAAAGGUGGUAAAUCAAGCGCUUAUACACAAAGAGCGAGGUACAGCUGGAUAUUCGACGGCUCCGUAAUCGAAGACAAAGAGACUUGCUUUUGUUGUCAGUUGAUAAAUAACAUUGUUGCGAAAAUGAGCUCGGAUACGAGAAAUUCUGGUUCAGGGAAGAAAAAAGGCGGAGGAUUUUUGGCGAGACAAGCCAAGGCAAAGUCAAAUGACGCCAAGCGAAGCACAAUGACAGAAGAGGAACUUUUACAGAAAGACACAAUUACGGCCGAGGAUGUGUUGCGGCUGAACAAGAUAACAGAGAAAUACUUAUGCCCACCGGAGGCCAAUGUAUUUGGUAUAGACUUCACUCGCUUCAAGUUACGGGACAUGGAGUCUGGGGCUGUGUUAUUUGAGGUGGCUAAGCCUCCACCCACAGAAGAUGAGGAAGAUGUUGAUAUAGACUCAGAGGAGGUGGAUCCGAACGCGGGACGUUUUGUGCGCUACCAGUUUACACCACAAUUCCUCCGCCUGAAAACAGUUGGUGCUACUGUGGAAUUCAUUGUUGGUGACAAACCGGUGAACAAGUUCCGAAUGGUCGAGCGGCAUUAUUUCCGAGAAAGGCUCCUCAAGAGUUUUGACUUUGAAUUCGGCUUCUGUAUCCCCAACAGCAAGAAUACCUGUGAACAUAUAUACGAAUUCCCAUUGCUGUCAGAAGAUGAAGGUAUGACUCAAGAGAUGAUUGACCACCCCUACGAGACACGUUCCGACAGUUUUUAUUUUGUUGAAGAUCAACUCAUAAUGCAUAACAAAGCAGACUACGCUUACAAUGGUGGGACAUAAUGAUGGCCCGCUCCUCACAGAAUCCAAAAAGGACUCAGUGCCUAGAAUCAUUAUUUAUUUAUUGAUUAAAAGAAUUAUUUGUGAAAAUUUACCUGUGUAUAUUUUGGCUGAAUGGUAGGAAAGAUUUUUGUACGCCAACUGAAGUCUGAAUCACCUUAGGCAGAGUUAUUCCCCCUUAUACAGAACUGUUGUACCUUAACACAGGAGUUUGUCUUGAAUGUCCUUGUGGCCAGUGUAAAGAUACGAUGAUUUAAUAUAACAUGGUUAGCAUCAGUUUCGACCAUCUUUGAAGAUUUAAUGUACUUUUAAAUGGCUAGAAAGGACUAUCCAGUCUUAAACUGGAUGGUGUUAGAACUGGCUUUAAUUCAGCCGGAUGUAUUACUGGUUAUUUUCAUCAGUAGAGACAGACUUUAAUGAUAACACUCUGUCUCUUGUAUUUUCUAUAUAACGUCAUUUAAAAUGAUCACAACAUACUUCCUCCCACCUUAAUGCUGACUGCCGCCAUAUAAGUCUUGAGUACGGCAUAAAAAAGACCAAUCAAAUAAAUCAAUAAAUAAAUCAAAGUCAUACUGCUUACUGUUUGAAGGGGAAUAACUCUAUUGUACGAUUGACACCUUUUCACCUUAUGUGUAGAAAUAGGGCGACUAGGCCCCAGUUUUAUGUUUUAUGUAUAAGGCAUGGAAAAUACAUGCACCUGUCUACAAUAUGAGAGUCAUUUUUGUACAGCACAUAUCAGAGUUAGUUUAUUGUUGUGAGCACAGUUAUUCCCCUCUAUCGGCGUAGUUACGAAGGCUGAUGAGAUGGUGCUGAUGGGAAAAACUCAUCAACACAACAGUUACGCCUACAUUCCAUUCUGAAAAUCUUACAGUUGAGAAGAUUUUGUUUAUUGGAUCUUGUCAAGACAACAUUGCAUUCCUAAAAUCCCAUUCCUGUUUAUUUAUUUAUCAUUAUUAUUUUUUUUUUUUGUCUAUCAGAUUUUCAUAUUUUAAGAUUUAUUAUGUAUGUAGAUAUACUGAAGUAUUGGGACGUGAAUAUUGCUCAAUAGUAAUUUUAGUAUUCCAUGAUUUGCUUAGAACUAAAUACAUUGGGCACUUGUACGAGAUGUUGUUUAAAUUCACUCUUUGUAAUUAAGGCCUGUGGGUUUGUCAGUUGUGAAUUAGGGAAAGAAGUUUCAUCGUCAUGCUUUUGUUGUGGGGUCUCCAUUAUAUCACUUGUGUUCAAAAAUCCGCGGGUUUCAUCAGAGGUCAUCAACAGGUUCAUUUUGCAUCUACGCAGUUCAGAUAUGAGAACAUUCCUGUGCCACACUGGUCAUUAGGUACAAAACAGGUUUUCAGCUACAGAAUUUCAAAAUUAAAACCUGGGUACUGGUAAUUUGCAAACUAAUCUGCUAUCCAGGAGUAUGAGGCAUAGCUGAAUGUUGUUCUGAUAGUCAUCAGGUGCUUGAUUUGUAUAUCUAUGCCACAAUGUAACACCUAUGGUAACUCAUGUGUGGUUUUCUUUCACAGGCCUUGAAAAGAGAAAAUCCUGGUCAUUAUAGGUGUUACACUUGUUCUUCAGUCAGAUGUAUCUAGAUGCAGUUUUGGCAAUUAUGUUCAUAAUUUGAUAUUAGGCUUCAAACUUAAGUGAUUGUGUUGGCCAAAUAAACUGAUAAACUGUUGGCAGCCUGAACAGAAAUAGACUCUCGGUAGGUGACUCUGGCUUUCAAGGCCUUGAAAGUGUGUUUGUUGUGAGAUAUGUCCUUGAAAUGUUAGAUUAAAGUAAUUGUUUUUUCAAUGUUAAAUAGCAUGUAGCAUUAAAAUGGACGGCUAACUAAGCUAUCAAAAUAGCAUCUAGAUGAAAGUUUGUAUUUAAACUUUGUAUGGUCCUUGAGAGUGCUGGAAAACAAAGGAUAUUAUAGGCCCUUUAAAUUCUUUGGAAAACAUUUUCUUCUAUGAGUGGGAAUGAGUGCUCAAAAUAAAGUCUCACAUCAUGUAGGAAAACAACACCAAUUUAAAAUCAAAUAAACAUGUUUUCAAAAAUCAAAUGGAAUACUGGAAAAACUAAAGAUUCUCUAAAUUUCUCUGGUGCUGUGUUUGUCAAACAAGGUCACAGCCACAAAUUCCCGACGUAAAUCCCAACUAGAUAGUCUGUGACGAAUUGCAGAAACCAGCUGCAGAAUACAUACAAUCAAACUUCACAAGAAACUACCAUAAUUAAUAAUCUACUGGCAUUAUUAUGUUUACUGAGUGUCAACUUAGUGAGGUCUGUCAGCAACCUGUGGAUGGUCAUGGGUUUCCCUUUGGGCUCUGCAUGCUUUCCACCCACCAUAAUGCUAGCUGUCGUCGCAUAAGUGAAAUAUUCUUGAGUACGGCAUAAAACACCAAUCAAAUCAAAUCAAAUCAAUUAAAUUAACUUCGUGAUCUCAAGUGUUGUGAAAUCAAUCAAAGCUAACACUUUUUUAUGUGAUAAACAGCAUCCACAUUUCAGAUUUCCCACAGAAAAGCAUGUUCUCUUUUAAAUCAUUAUUUUGUCUGUCAUGCUGAUGUGAAGGCCUUGCCUUAUCCAAAUGUCUAUGUGUACUGCAAUUUCAUCUACUUGCAUCUUGAUCAGACUUGCAUCUUGAUCGGACUUGCAUCUUGAUCAGAUUUGCAUCUUGAUCGGACAUUUUUGCAGACGUAUAACAAUUAAAUUUUUGGAUUUCCCAGAUUUUCAGUCUGUAUGAUGCCUCGCAUUGUCUGUCUGCUCAUUUGACUGUGAGGGCCCAACAUAUUUUAUUUACCAAGGACCAUUCUGAGUGCUGUAAGAUUCCCAAACAAUGGCUCCUCCUCAAAGAAGAACGGGAAUUUAAUCACAUUUAUUUUACUUCUGACAUUCAUUUGUUUGGCAUUGUAACCAUCACAUUUAUUUUAUGAACGAAAACUUUCGAUACAGGCAGAUUAAUUUGUUGAAUAUUUUCUAUUCCUUAUACGACAAAAAUAAUAUUUCAUGAACGUAAUGCUGCAUGAAUGGUGAUAAAGUGUCUAACCAGUUUUUCAUAUAUGUUAUCUACUUAUCAUUUACACAUCAUCCAUACUGUGAAACGUUAUGUUUGGAAUAGUGGGAAAUGCUUUACUCCCAGCCUGCAGUUUAAAUUAUUAAACCCAACAGCCUUUGUGUCAUUGAGAAAGCAUAAUAUACUUUUUUCUUUUUUUUUUCAUUUCAAAUGAAACAUUUGUGAGAAGAACUCUAAAGUGUAUAUGUAUUGAGAUGUUUGAAAAGCCCACCAAUUGCAUCAGUCACAUGAUACAGGAUUUUGUGUCUCAUAUGCACCAGUUUUCUUUGCAUGGUCUUUUUGAAAUGAAACAGAGACAUUGUUCAGAGUUAUGCCCCUUGCUAGUACCCAUGUUAGACCAGGCACUACACACAUUGUCAUAUAGGUCACAUGUUGUAUUUGUUUUGGCUCAGUUGUAUUGUUAAUCAUUUUUGUUGUUCUCAUUUCUUUAAUAUUUAUAAUGACUGUAUUGAUCUCGUCUUCUAUGUUUCAUUUAACCAUCACCGUGAUUUCAUGUUUUAAUUUAUGUCAUUUUGUAAUCAGUUUUUCAUUUUGUAAAACGCUGAUGCCGUUCUGACUUGGAGCAUAACAGUGAUCACUUGGAGUAGGAUGGCAUUUUUUGCAUUUGUGAACAAUCCCUCACAACUACAACUGUGGCACCACCUACUUGAAUAUUUUAACAAAUGUGCUGUGAAUUUGUCCACAUGCUUUGAUGACCAGUGAGCUUAGAUGAGAAAGGAGCAGUCGGUUUUAUCUGAUCUAUAGAUAAAAUAACUUGUUUAUUAGCCUUACAUUUGUAAGCUUUAGGAGUGAGUGGGUCCUUACAUUGAUUAACUCCUGUUAGGUCUUGGUUGGCUGUAGAUCCAAGCCCAGCUGUUUGCUACUUCUCCUGUGGGGUAAUUACACGUGUACAGAGAGAGGUUGUCGAGUACCUGACAAUGGUUGACAGUUUACAUUCGGCUCUCUUCUCUCAGAUACCUUACAGGUGUCUGCUUUCAUAAGUCUCCCUGGUUUUCUUUUUGUGAAAAAUUUACGAGUAAGCCUCUAGGUGCGGUUAAAAUGCUAAUCAAGUAAAUUAAUGAACAGUGUUGUUUCUUCAGUGGUGAGGGGACCAAGUGGGUUAGGGUUUGUAUGAAAGCUUUUUGGCUUGACUGAAAAUUUUUAGCUUGAAACACAAGUCACAGAAAUUCAGGGUUGACAUAAAUGUAUCCCAUGAUUCCUUGCACCAUGCUGUGAUCCAUAUGUAUCCCCAUUGAUGUAUGAAGGGAGGACCUGCACCCAGCAAAAUGACACAGGGUGCCUGUACAGGAAAUGUGCAUUUUAUUCCAAACCAAAAUUUUAUUGGGGAUGUUUUAAAUAUGUGGUAUGGUUUGUCUCUUGCCUGGGAAUGGAAUGUUCAGUGGGAGAAUUGACUUCAUACAUGUACUUGUCAUUUAACUACAAAUUUAUUGUUGGAGUGGAGGAGUAAAACUGGAUUUUUCAGAAAUAUAAAUGUUGAUGCACAGUGGAUUAGGGAUGCGUUCAUGACCAAAAUGACAAAAUUCAAGUUGAUAUUUGAACCCUUGGUGAUUGAAUGACAGUUGUAUGCACCUUUUAUGUUGCUUUAUUUGUUCUGCUGAACUAAAGUAUGCUGCAUAAAAAAAUUUAGUUGGUGUAGGAAGGAGAAAGAUUUUGUGCAGACUUUAUGAAGUUCCUGCUCUCUCUAGUGCCUUUAUAUGUAUAUGUAUGUAAAUGUUAGUGUGGAAAAAUUAAAUGUGUUUUCUUGUUGCUGAUAACUGCCCCCCCCCCCCCCCCCCUUUUGUUUUCUGUAGCAUAACUCACUGGGCGAUAAUGAAGGAACUCGUUUAAAAAAAGUGUAGGUUUACAUUUCAGUGUGAGAUUUUAAUGAAAAUUGAUUUGAAACCUCAACAAUGAAGGCUCCGUAUAUAUGAACACAGUAUUUAUGGGUGCGAACUUGAGUAAAAAGUGAUGUCUGCAUGACAGAGACACUUCUUUUUUUUUUUUAGGGUAUUUUCUUCACAAGAUAAAACUUUGGUGUUUGAAAAAUUCAUUAAUGUCUCCGUAGAAUAUCUGUUUGGAGUGUAAGCAUUUCCUGGAAGAGAAAUUUGUGCUGAGGUGAAGAAUACUAACCUUUGAAUUUGAAUAUUCAUCUUUGCUUGAAAACUAAAUGUUGGGCUUUGCUUGAAAACUGAAUGUUGGGCUUUGCUUGAAACCUGAAUGUUAGGUUUUGCUUGAAAACUAAAUGUUGGGCUUCGCUUGAAAACUGAAUGUUAGGUUUUGAUUGAAAACUAAAUGUUGGGCUUUGCUUGAAAACUGAAUGUUAGGUUUUGCUUGAAAACUAAAUGUUGGGUUUUGCUUGAAAUCUGAAUGUUAGGCUUUGCUUGAAAUCUCUAUAUUGGACUUUGAAAUUUGAAUGUUGAGGUUUUUAUCUGAAUAUUGGGCUUUCUUUGAACUCUAAAUGUUGGUCUUUGGCUGGACUAUGAGUAUGGGUUUUUAGUUGGAAUAGGUUCUCCAAGCCAGAGUAGGUGAGGUGCAGACACAAGGCAAUGGUGUGACAGUUGUCAAAUACAUCCAUGCAUUGUGCAAACGCGUAAGAACAUAACUCCUAAAGCAUAAACCCUGUUAACUGUUAUGAACCUUAUGUUGUGUGUAUUUUUGUUACAAGUAAGCCCUAAUGGUCACAGGUUUCUGCUUACCUGUACAUUAUCUGUAUACCUUUGUGUAUUUGUGCACAUUUCAUACAUUGUGAAAAAAAAACCAAAAAAAAAACAAAAGAAAAUUGUUCACAUGCUUGUAUGCACGAGGAUAAUGUGAGAAAAUAUUUGCAUUAAUUGCGUUUGUCUUUUCAUCUCUCCUCCCAAUAAAUUCUGCUGUGUUUUGUUUGCAAGACUAUUUUUGAUGUACAAAAAGUGUAAUAUAUGAUAGAUGAGAAAUGUGAGAAUAUGCGAGGUUGUCAUUAAGGGAUAGAUUGUCUUUUUAUCUGUCAUCUGUCUAUAUACGAUACAAAAAAGAGGGUUGUGUGGUAGAAUUUUUUAAAUCUUGAAUGAAAAAGGAUACUUUAUAUAUAUAUAUGUACAAUAAAGCUGUGUUGAAAUGAAUUCAGUCACCAGACAUACAUGUGUGUGAAUGAAGCAGUGGCUAGAUAAAGGGUUAUAUAGUCAUCCCUUCUCUCUGCAUAUUAUUAAUUAAUUGACUGAAUAUUACAUUCUUAUAGAAUAAUAAUAGUGUGAAUCUAAAUAUAUUGUAUAUGUUGUUGUAUUAUUUAU